AUGGAUUUCAGUUAUCUUAAGCCUCCCAAAUAGGCAAUGCAAUUAAAACAUGCAGGUAUCAUGGUUAUUUAAUUAGAUGAAUAUAUUAGGUAUUAUGUGGAAGGAAAAUUAAAACGAAAUGUGUUUUAUAAUGUUGAAUUUGAAGAUGUUGAGGAAGAAUUGAUCAAAAAAUUAGAGAAUCUAAUCGCAAAAAAACAUGUUUAACUACCAUUACCUUGGGAUAAAUAAACAACCUUGAAGUUCUGUUAUUCUGGCAAUUUUGACAUUGAGAUGGCUUUUUAAACUUUAAUGAGGUAUUUGAAAUGGAAGGAGGAUUCAGAUUAUCAAGUAUUAACACAAGCAGGGGAAGAUAUCUUAAAAAAAGGUAUAGUCUUUAGUUUGGGAAGAGACAAACAGUUUAGGCCAUUAAUUUUUAUAUAGGUUUCAAAAAUAAGAACAAUUGCCACCAAUUCUCAAUGCUAUAUGUGUUCUUUUAAAUCAUAUAUAAAAAAUUUAUGUUAGUGCCUUACCAUGUGGAGAAAUGGAGAAUUAUAGUGGAUUUAAAUGAUAUCAGUAUUUUUAGAUUACCACACCAAGUAAAAGUUUGUAUAUACUAUUCAGAUAAUUAAGAAAAUUAUUGAUGUCACAUAAUCAAACUACACAGCUUCAUUAGAAUAAUUGCAUCUACUCAAUCCACCUUUCGUUUUAGUAGCAGCCUGGAAAUUAGUUGAAAAAUUGAUGCAUCCAGAAACGGCAAAAAAGAUACAAUUUUGUAAGGAUCCGAGCUAUCUUCAAGAAUACAUUAAUGAAGAUUAAUUGAUGCUUAAAUAUAAAGGAACAUUACCCAAUUUUACAUGUUUAUGGCCAAUAAUCAACACAUUUAGAGGAAUGGGAGAGAGCAUUCAUAGGAAUAUGACUGAUAGUGUAUAAAAAAACUUCAUGACAGAAAGCGCAUAUUUGAGUAUGCUUGAUUCCUAAUACUACUCAAUCUAAACCUUUAAAGAAAUCGAAUUGAGUAAACCUUAAAUAAAAAGCUAGUGUUGCUCUUGUAACAUUAUGUGAUAAUUAAUUGAUUUUAUUUCUAAAUAAAAAAUUAUUAAAGAAUCAAUGGUUA